AAGCUAGCAAUAUGAGCGGAAGAGGCAAAACCGGAGGAAAGGCCAGGGCGAAGGCGAAGACACGUUCAUCCCGUGCAGGACUCCAGUUCCCCGUGGGCCGUGUGCACAGGCUGCUGCGCAAAGGCAACUACGCCGAGCGUGUGGGCGCUGGCGCACCAGUGUACCUGGCCGCAGUGCUCGAGUACCUGACUGCUGAGAUCCUGGAGUUGGCCGGCAACGCUGCCCGUGACAACAAGAAGACUCGUAUCAUCCCCCGUCACCUGCAGCUGGCCGUCCGUAACGACGAGGAGCUGAACAAACUGCUUGGCGGCGUGACCAUCGCUCAGGGUGGUGUGCUGCCCAACAUCCAGGCAGUGCUGCUCCCCAAGAAGACUGAGAAGGCCGUCAAAGCCAAGUAAAAUCCCUACUGCGGCUGCAACUUGACUACUUAACCCCCCAAAAGGCUCUUUUAAGAGCCAACCACCUAGCUCAUCAAAAGCGCAAAGUGUCCUUUGUAUGCCACUUACAGGGCACCGUAUCA